GGAGUGAUUUUUCACGGUGUUUCUCUUCUUCUCUCCUCCAACCCAAAACUAAAAAUAAACAUGAAAGCAAACCGCGGCGGCGGAGAGCACGGCCACCACGAGGCUCUCAAGUUUUCAAGUUUCUUCUUCAUGCCGGAACGGCCACGUGAUUACCUCGUGCUUUUCACACGUUUCUCCGUCCUCACGUGCCUCAUCGUCUCCGUCUCUCUGGUUCUCCGCGCCACUUUUUUAUCCCCCUCCGCUCGAGACUAUUCCACCACCUACGGUCUCCGACUCACCGCCGUACCUCAGAAAGCCAUAGCUUUCCCUCCGACCGGAUCCGUCGGACCAAUCAAUAUCUCCCACAUCUUCUUCUCUAUCGCCGGAGCAGCUGAGACAUGGAUCGAUCGGAGCCAGUACAUCUCCUUAUGGUGGCGAAACUCGACACGUGGCUUCGUCUGGCUCGAUGAACCGGUGAAAAUCCCCAAAAAUCACUCCGAUGUCAGAUUCUCAAUCCCGACUCGAGUUUCCGAUCCAGGCUGGACUCGAUUCAAAUUCUCCAGCUCAAGAGCCGCCGUUCGAAUCGCUAGGAUAAUCUGGGAUAGUUAUCGGCUAAAUCUACCAAAUGUCCGGUGGUUCGUGAUGGGAGAUGACGAUACCGUCUUCUUCACGGAGAAUCUCGUCAAGGUUCUCUCGAAGUACGACCACGAGCAGAUGUGGUACAUCGGAGGAAACUCAGAGAGCGUCGAGCAAGAUGUGAUGCACGCGUACGACAUGGCGUUUGGCGGCGGCGGUUUCGCUAUUAGCCGUCCAUUAGCGGCGCGUUUGGCUGCCGCGAUGGAUGAUUGUCUCCAACGGUAUUUCUAUUUUUACGGUUCUGAUCAGAGAAUCGCGGCUUGCGUUAGCGAGAUCGGCGUUCCGUUCACCGAAGAACGCGGUUUUCACCAGCUUGACAUAAGAGGAGAUCCAUACGGGUUUCUAGCAGCGCAUCCGUUGGCACCACUUGUAUCGUUGCAUCACCUCGUCUACUUAGACCCAAUGUUCCCUAACAAAAACCCGAUCGAGUCGUUACAGACCCUAAUGAAACCUUAUAACUUAGACCCGAAUCGAAUACUCCAACAGAUUAAUUGCCAUGAUCGCAAGCGUCAAUGGUCUAUAUCCAUCUCUUGGGGAUACUCCAUACAGAUCUACACUUACUUCUUGACUGCUACGGAGCUGACUACGCCGUUGCAGACCUUCAAAACUUGGCGGUCUUCCAGCGAUGGACCUUUCGUGUUCAACACUCGGCCCUUGAAACCUGACCCGUGUGAGCGUCCCGUCACUUAUUUCAUGGAUGGUGCAGAGGAUGUGCGGGGUAGUGGGACGAAAACUUGGUAUAGCAUAGCGGAUAAGAAUUAUGGUCAUUGCGAAAAGAGUGAGCAUAUUCGGUUAACUAAAGUGAAGAGGAUAUUGGUGACUUCGAUGAAGACGGAUCCUGAGUAUUGGAACAAGGCACCGCGGAGACAGUGUUGUAAGGUGAUGGAAGAGUUUGAAGGAACAAUACUGAAGAACGCAGACUCAUUCUCCUACUUCAUGCUCGUAGCCUUCGAAGCAUCUGGUCUAAUUCGUUUCGCUAUCUUGUUGCUUCUAUGGCCCAUAAUCACACUCCUUGACGUUUUCAGCUACAAAAACGCCGCUCUCAAGCUCAUGAUUUUUGUAGCUACUGUUGGUUUACGUGAACCAGAGAUCGAAUCGGUGGCUAGAGCCGUCCUGCCAAAGUUCUACAUGGAUGACGUAAGCAUGGACACGUGGAGGAUUUUCAGCUCGUGUAAAAAGAGGGUCGUGGUGACAAGAAUGCCUCGGGUUAUGGUGGAGAGGUUUGCUAAGGACCAUCUUAGAGCCGAUGAGGUUAUCGGUACGGAGCUGAUCGUGAAUCGGUUCGGUUUUGUCACCGGUUUGAUACGUGAAACCGAUGUUGAUCAGUCUGCUUUGAACCGUGUCGCUAAUUUGUUUGUUGAUCAGAGGCCUCGACUAGGUCUUGGAAGACCGGCUGUGACCGCUUCUACAACUUUCUUAUCGUUAUGUGAGGAGCAUAUUCCUGCACCAAUCCCGGAGAACUACAACGACGGUAACCAACAACUUCAGCUACGUCCACUUCCGGUGAUAUUUCACGACGGACGACUAGUGAAGCGGCCAACGCCAGCCACCGCUCUCCUCAUCCUCCUUUGGAUACCACUUGGGAUCAUACUAGCCGUGAUCCGGAUCUUUCUUGGAGCCAUCCUCCCAUUGUGGGCCACACCUUACGUCUCUCAGAUAUUUGGCGGCCAUAUCAUCGUCAAAGGCAAGCCUCCUCAGCCACCGGCUGCUGGAAAAUCCGGCGUGCUCUUUGUGUGUACUCAUAGAACCUUAAUGGACCCGGUGGUAUUAUCCUAUGUGCUCGGACGUAGCAUCCCAGCCGUUACUUACUCGAUUUCGCGGUUAUCAGAGAUCUUAUCUCCCAUUCCAACCGUCCGAUUGACAAGAAUCCGAGAUGUAGACGCGGCUAAGAUCAAACAACAGCUGUCCAAAGGAGAUCUAGUGGUUUGUCCUGAGGGAACCACUUGUCGUGAACCGUUUCUGUUAAGAUUCAGCGCGCUUUUCGCGGAGUUAACGGAUAGGAUUGUUCCGGUUGCGAUGAAUUACAGAGUUGGAUUCUUCCACGCGACCACAGCGAGAGGCUGGAAAGGUUUAGACCCGAUUUUCUUCUUCAUGAACCCAAGACCGGUUUACGAGGUUACGUUCUUGAAUCAGCUUCCUAUGGAGGCAACAUGUUCGUCCGGGAAGAGUCCGCAUGACGUGGCAAACUAUGUUCAGAGAAUCUUGGCGGCUACGUUAGGGUUUGAGUGCACCAACUUCACAAGAAAAGAUAAGUAUAGGGUUCUCGCUGGAAACGAUGGAACGGUGUCGUAUUUGUCGUUGCUUGACCAAUUGAAGAAGGUGGUGGGCACUUUUGAGCCUUUUCUCCAUUGAAUUACUCCAAUUAAUUAUCGAUCAUCCGAUGAUUUUCUCUUUGUUUUAAUAUAUUAGAUCAGUAGUUUCACAUCUGUUUGCAAUUUCUUUCUCUUGAUUAAUUUUUGCUUGUGAAAAAGUUUGGGUUGAUUUUUUUUAUAGUCUAUAAUUAUAAGUGUUGUAUUCUUGUUUAAAUGUCAUUCUUUUUUCAGAUAUGUAACUCCUCAUAACCAUUGUUGAUGAAUAAUAUAUAUGGGGAUGAAUA